AUGUUACGUGCCAUCAUUCUAGCAGUACUGGCCGAUACAACGUACGGCGCAGGCUGCUCCGCGUUAUCCCUCGCUAACGGUCAAGUAAUUUACAAUCCGCCUCCAGUGUUUGCCGUAGGAACGAGCGCUAGUGCACUGUGCAACUCAGGAUUUUCUUUAGUUGGAACAUUAUCUACUAUCUGCAAUAAUGACAACUGGCAGUACGAGUUGGGACAAUGUGUGCAGAAUAAUGCUCCACCUGCAGCACAAGCGGGUACCCAGUGUCUGAACGCUGUCGUUCUGGGUGGAAAAGUCACUUAUGACGCUAAUGGGACACAUCAGUGGAACAAGCCUGAUGGUGCAACAGUCACAGUUGAAUGUAACCGAGGUUAUGAGCUGAACGGCCCCUCUCAAGCCAAAUGCUCGAAUGGCAUGUGGACCCCAACUCUGGGAAUUUGCCUACUGAAAACUUGCACCAGAUUAUUGCCGCCCGUGCAGCCAUGCUCUGCUUUAGCGGCUCCUGCUGGCGCUUCACUCACUUAUUCGAAUAGCAGCAGUGCCCAGUUGUUUGCAUCAGGGACCUUGGCCAUAAUGAACUGCACAACCGGCUAUCCCGAAGGACCGAGAGCUGCUUCGUGCACCAACGGAACCUGGACACCCUCCAGUCUCGGGACAUGUACUCCAAUGGCAACUCCCCCCACUGCUGCUGGAAAAUGCUCGCCAAAAGUUGUUCUCAACGGACGCGUUGACUACAGUGAUAAUGGCGUGUUGAAGUUCCAAAGAGAUGACGGAGCGAUGGCUACGCUAACCUGUUUUUCGAAUAUGGUUCCCGAAGGACCCACUUCGUCUUACUGCCAGAACGGGACUUGGACGCCUGAACUUGGUACUUGCUACGGUCGUUGUCUGCGAUGA